AUGGCUCCUACAAGUAACGAGUCUAACUAUCCUCAACUACUCUAUCCAAAGGGAAAAGCACCAAGUCAAAAGAAAAGCAUGAGUUUCUACAGCUACUUGUCAAAUUUUCAAAUGGUUAAAGUAGGAGUUGGAAUCGAUGCAUGGGAAGCGUUGAAAGAAUCCGCAGUUGGUGUUUUCUUAAUGUUUUAUGAACAAGAUCACAUAUUUAGUGCGAAGUUGGUCCACUACAUUCUAACUCAUCAACUCGUAGUGAAGAAGUAUUAUGAGAUAUGGUCAUUGAUUGAUUGGCAGCCAAUUCGUCUAUCAUUGAUAGAGUUUGGGGAGAUUACUGGGUUGAAUAUUGGACCGUUUGAUGUUGGAGACACUUUUGAUAUUGAUCACAGAGAGUUUUGGGAGGAAUUACAUGUUUCUCCAGUUGUUGGUCCUAACUUGGUUGAGCUGCGGGAGGUAUUAGAUAGAUGUAAGAGCUGGUGUUUUGAAAAAAGGAGAAGCGUUGGAUGGUUGUGUAUUUUGCACAUUGCUGUCUACGGCAUAGCUCCAACAGCUAGAAUUCCUUUGGAGGCUGCUAAACGAGUACUUAAUGCUGACGCUUUUGAGAGAUAUCCGUGGGGACGUGUUGCUUGCAAGAGCUUGAUACACUCUAUUAAGUGUCUCAAUUACCACGCCAAAGAAUCCUAUACAGUGGAAGGAUUUGUUUAUGUAUUACAAAUAUGGGCAUAUGAAGCUAUUACUGGCGUAGGAGAACUUUAUGGGAAUAGAAUUGAUGGCGCCAGAGUUCCAAUGCUAUCAUGGGGUGGAUCACGUCCGCGAUUUGAGCCUAGCGAGUUUCUUAGACAUGAGAAAGAAGCUCAUGAUAAUAAGGUGCGUGUGAGACAUUUUCUUUCCCUCAUGGAUGGAAAUGUCGUUCCUAAUUGGGAUAAGGAGGAGAACGAUGAAAAGGUAACCAUUCUGGUUCGUGAUAUACUUGAUGAUCAUAUCAUUCCAACUGCUUGGGAUGUCUUGGAAUCUCAAGUAUGCAUGAGAAAGAAGCGUAAAGCAUCUGUUCCCAUAAUUAAUUCUCACUAUUCCACAAACCCAAAAGUCAAAGAUCAACAAGUAAAUGGUGAUGACGAAAGGGGAGGUGCUUCAAAUGCUGCUGGAAAUGUAACGCAAGACAAUGACGUUUUUGGCAUGUUGCAUAAGCUGACUGAUAAAGUUGACAGCAUGGGAGCAGACAUUUCUAAUAACCUAUUGGCAGGAUUGGAUGCAGCGAUAGAAACAAAACUUGAUGCUGCAAUCGAAACAAAAGCUUGA